UAUUGUUCAAAUUGUCUGGCCACCCAAAUCUCGGAAAUCAACCAACCAACCAAAUCAUAGAAAAUGGUCUUUUCUUUUCUAAAAUUCAAAUAAAUUAGAAAAAAAAAAACUGGUUAACAUUUUUGGUGUAACUAUCUUAGGAAGGAGGAGUUUUAAGGGGCAUAAAAAACCAUCAAACACAGGCUCUGCCAUUGUACCCGGAUCCGACAUUGUCGGACCCACGUAAUAAUACUCUCUCUUUUUUCUUAAAGCUCUAAUCUUUAAACACCCUUCUCUCUCUUUCUCAUUCCUUCUUCUUCUUCUUCUGGUUUUUGCAGAAGAAGAAGAGAGAUAAGAUAAGAAACCCCCAUUUUCCAUUACCAGAUCUAUUUUCUCUUAACAACCAGAGAAAAAGGGGUAAAUGGGAGGCUGUGUUUCAACACCAUCUCAUAAAAUCAGACCAACAAGAUCGCGCCGCCGUCACCGUCUGAUUAAACGCCGGCAUGGAAAGAUCAGCAGUGCUGUUGUCUCAGAUAUCUCUUCAAAGAAAAUUGCUAAUAAUGAUCAUAAUAAUAAUAAUAAUGUAAGAGAUUAUGCUGUUAGUGAAUUUGUUAGGAUGGAUUUUGAUAAUGGUGAGACAACUACUUGUAGAAGAUCUGAGGUUGCAAAUGCUACUUUUCAUCUUACUCAGUUGCAAUGGCACCGAAGUCAGUGUGAUGCUAAUGUGAUUUCUCAUGAGGAAGCUUGGUUUGAUUCGGUCAGUAUUUUGGAUUCUGAUUCUGAUGAUGAGUUUAGCAGUGUACAUGGAGAUGGUUUUCCAUUGGUAGGCAAUGGUAUGGGGAACAUUCCAACUGGGCAAGUCCUUCAGUAUGAAAGAUCAGCUUGUUUUGUUGACAACAAAGGCAAAUAUGAAGAAUUUCAAAGCUUUGUGAAAGUAGAUGGAGGAGGAAAGGCUGAUGAAGUGGUAUGUAGCAAGAGGAAGAAGAUGAUAGACCGCGCUAUUGGGAGUUUUAAAAGCUUUAAAGACGAUAAGCGCGAUUCGGAUGAGAAAAAUAGGAAAUCAGCUGGUUUGAAACACUUGUUACCUACUGUAAGUUUCAAUGAUAAACUUCUACACCAACCAAGUAUGUGUCCUCAGUCUCAAAAAAGACCUUCAGCUGUUUUUAGGCUUUCUUUCAAAAGGAGGUCAUGUGAAAGAGAAGAGACCAUUGAGCAUAGCCAAUCAAAAAGGUAUUUGUAUCAUCCUAGAGCAGGACAUAUUAUUCCAUGUUGUAGCAAAGGAGAUAACAAGCCUCCUAGUUCAGGAUAUUGGACAGAGAUUCCACCUUCAUCAUUUAAACUUCGAGGAGAAAAUUUCUUUAAAGAUAAGAAGAAAUCUCCUGCUUCAAAUUGUUGUCCAUACACACCAAUAGGUGUUGAUCUGUUUGUUAGUCCUAAGAAGAUUAAUCAUAUUGCUCAACACAUUGAGCUCCCAAAUCUGAAAGCAGAAGGAAAAGUACCUCCACUCCUCAUUGUCAAUAUCCAGUUGCCUACUUAUCCAGCUGCAAUGUUUCUUGGAGAUAGUGAUGGAGAAGGAGUGAACCUUGUACUAUAUUUUAAAGUAUCAGAUACUUUUGAGAAAGAUGUCUCACCCCAAUGUCAAGAUAACAUUAAGAAAUUGAUUGAAGAUGAGAUGGAAAAGGUCAAAGGAUUUGCAAAAGACUCCAUUGUUCCAUUUAGAGAAAGGCUUAAGAUCAUGGCUGGAGUUGUUAAUCCUGAGGAUCUUCAGUUAAGUUCUACCGAAAGGAAGCUUAUAAACGCUUACAAUGAAAAACCCGUCCUUUCGCGUCCUCAGCACAACUUUUACAAGGGUCCUAAUUACUUUGAGAUUGAUCUAGACAUUCACCGAUUCAGCUACAUUGCUAGGAAAGGACUUGAAUCUUUUAGAGAACGUUUGAAGAAUGGAAUACUUGAUUUGGGUUUAACUAUUCAGGCACAGAAACCAGAAGAAUUGCCUGAGAAAGUGCUGUGUUGUGUGAGAUUGAGUAAGAUUGAUUUUGUUGAUCAAGGCCAAAUACCAACUUUAGUGACCCUUGAUGAUGAUGAUGAUGAUGAUCAUGAAUGAAAUUGAGUUGAUUGGGCAAGCUUUUUUCUACUUCUUUUUCACAUUCAAUUUCUUCCUAACCACCAUUCUAUUUUAUGUAAAUCACAAACAAACAAAAUAAUAAUAAAAAAAAAUCUCUUUUUU